AUGGAAAAGUCGAAAUUUACAAAAAACAAAGCUAAAAAAGUAACUGCUGCUAAACAAGCCUUGCAUGAUGAGAAUAAAAGACCUAAAAAGAAGAGACGUAUCUUACAAUACAGCAGACAGUCGAAGGACGAUGACGGUGGUGUUGACAUGACACAACUUCGUGAAGAGCUGAAGAAGAAAAACAAAGAAAUUGAAAAGCUACAGGCCCAAGUUGAAAAUUUACUGCAAGAGCAGAAAUCGCAAGAAAAGAACUUCGACAUACUUUUUUCUGGAUUGAAGAGAGGGCAAUUUUCGUAUGGAAAUUUAAAAGAACAACCAAGUAAAGUUUUUGAUUUAAGUGGUUUCUCUAUAGAAGAGUUUGAUUGCCUUUAUCACUGUGUUCAGCCUUUUGUCCAUCUUAUAUGUUAUCCAGAUUGUAAAACUGAUGGACUACUCACCAAUAACAGAAAACUUGACUUAAAAACUGAACUGAUGACAUUUUUUACUGUGAGCAGACACUCACUUCACUUGAGUGUGAUGGCAUGGAUGGUACAAGGUAGUGAGGCAACCAUUUCAAGGUGCUUUUGUGGAUGGGCCGUGUUUUUGUCUACUUUAUUCGACUGUCUUGACCUUCGCCCUUUACCCGGAUUUGUGCAAGCAUUCCUCCCAAAAGUGUUUGAGGAUGCAGGCUUUGCUGAGACAGAGGUGCUUGGUGAUGCUACCGAAUCAUGGAUUGCACAAUCUGAAAACUUUGAGGUGAAUAACAUUACAUUUAGCAACUACAAGAACCAUACCACGGGAAAAACACCUGUAUGGAUCUACCCCCAUGGUGGAUUACUGUGUUGCAGUGACACAUACCCAGGAACUAUAUCUGACAAAGACAUUACUGAACAAUGUGGGGUCCUCGAUAAUGUAAACAAAGGAAAGGUGGUGUUGACUGAUAAGGGCUUCGCAGAGGUUUGUCUCAAAAAAGGUGUAUUGCACAACAGGCCACCAAUGAAAUUUAGUGACCAAUAUAACCAGUCAGAAAUUAGUGUUAACUUUGACAUUGCAACGUUAAGAGUAUAUAAUGAGAAUUACAUAGGACGGAUGAGGGAUUGGACUAUAUUGAACAGCUGCUGGCCUAUGACAAGAAUUGAUCUGCUUGGUCACUGUUUCAAAGUCUUUGCUCAUGUUGUUAAUAUCUUGAAAACACCAGUUGGUCCAAAGGAAUCAAGUUAA